CUCUGGAUCCUCAGUUCCUCACAACAGUCACAUUGACUCACAAGAGAGAAGAAACAAAGUGCCAAAGCCAAUUAGCCAGCCAUGGAAGCAGGUACAUUCGAAUCUCUAAUCCCGUCUCGCUAUGUUUCAUUUACUCUUCCAACUCAUUCUCUCUCUUGCCCAAUUGAUUAUUUUUACACCAAAAUUCUUCAAAUUUCUGUUCUUGAUUCACCUUUACAACCCAUGAGUUCCCCCAAAAUUGCAGCCAUGUUAGUCCCAAAACACCGCGAAAAUGAUUGGAUUUUCGCCACAGAAUCUGGGCAUCUCCAGCUGUUGUUGGGUUCUCCUGGAAUUUCUAGGUUAAUUUUGAUUGGUAAUGUUCCAAAUAAUGAUAUAAAUGUUGGAAAUUUAUAUAAAAGGUCAAUAGAAAUGUGCUCAAUUUAUAGAGAGAAAUUGGAGGGAAGUUUGUACCCUUUGUUGAUGGCUUUAUUACCCAAGGAAAUAGCUCAACUGGCCAAUUUUGAAGUACCCUUUUUGAGUUAUGAGGAUAGUGUGAUUAGUAGUGUUGUAUUAGAGAGGUGCUUUGGGUCUUGUGUGGGGGAAAUGCUGGUUGAAGAUGUUGAAAUUGAGGGUUCGAGGAGGGAGUUUAGGAGGCGGUUGAGGUUUAAGAGAAUGCCCAAUUUGAUACAGACUGAAAUAAGCAUUGUUCCAUGUAAUGGAAUUGAUGAUACGAGGUUGAAUUCCUUAUGUAUUGAAGAGGUAGAGUUUUGUCCGGAAUUAGGGGUGUUGGUUCAUCCUUACUUGGCACCGAUGGUGGCCGGUUUGUCUUUGAUUGGCGGGUAUAUUCAAGAGUGUUUUGACUCCGAGGUCAGGCCAAGAGGGCUUUGCAUUGGUGUUGGAGGUGGGGCAUUGCUUAGUUUUAUAUCAUUCCAAUUAGGUUUUGAGGUUGUAGGUGUUGAGAUGGAUGAUGUAGUUUUGAGGGUUGCAAAGCAAUAUUUUGCGCUACAAACUGGCAAUGAUAUUCAGCUUUGUCUUGGUGAUGGGAUUGAAAUUUUAAAGAAGGUAGCAUUGUUUGACCGCGACAGUAAAUCAAGUCCUUCGGUUGCCGAUAAUGUACGAGAGGAUCAUUGUAAGGAUUAUUUUGAAUUGUUUGUGUCCAAAUUUCUUGUUAUCAUGGUUGACCUGGAUUCUGGUGACCCAAAAAUGGGUAUUAGCGCCCCUGCAUUAGAGUUUUUGCAAAAAGAUGUACUUCUAGCAGCCAAAUCGUGUCUGUCUGAGCAGGGAAUUCUAGUUUUGAAUGUAAUUCCUUCGAGUAAGUCAUUCUAUGGUAUGUUGAUACUUGAAUUGAAAGAAGUGUUUGUGGAUUUGCAUGAGAUAGAUUGUGGAAAUGGAGAGAAUUUCGUUCUUAUAGCAUCAAAUACAUCUGCGGCUUUAAAUUUUGGUGAAACUGAAAAUGCAUUUCUGAGAAAGCUGAAGUCUGUUAUUUCAGAACCACUUGUGGAUUCGAUCAGGAAAAUAUGAAGUUUAUAAUAGAUUUUUUUGCGGGAUUCUAACUUCUGAUACUGCUUCAUGGAGUUAUGACUUGAUUGAGAAACUCCGCUUUUGUCAAGCUGUUAAUGGCUGCAAUUCUUGAAUUUUUUCUCGGUAGUUUUUGAAUCAGAAUGCUAUAUGUCGUCUAUAUUCAAGAUAUGAGCUUGAUCUCAUAGGGCAUGGUUAACUUGAAGUUAGAACUCGUCCGUAUCCUUGUGUGGGCUGAAGAAGGUCUUCAAUUUGGUAUAAGGUCUGAUAUGAAGUGAGACAAAGAGUAGGAGAAUUUUCUAAGGUGUGUCCCUACGCGCGUGUUUGGUCUGUGGUUGCUUCAUUCCGUAAAUCUUUUGUUUCUCUUUCGGGCACAACUAGUUUCUUUUGUAGUGAAUAAUUGUCAUUUCCAUGUCUUUCUGUAUUGUCCAUUGAGAAUUGUCAUAACCUGACAUUGUUUCCUCCCUGUCCAAUCAUGGAACAAAUUUGUUUAAUGGGUUUGAAUAGAGCACUGCACAUAAGAAUGGGCGAGGAUGAUAUAGGGUUCGUUUCCUCUUCAUCCAGUUCCACGUCAGUGUUGCUGUCAGAUACUGGAAGUUCACAUCUGAAAUUGAGGCAUGUCACAAUAGAUGACGUGCGAUAUUUUAAUGCAAUUCCUGUGGAACGUCUUACUAGCAUCUGCAUCAGAUUUGCUACGGAGCUGGAGAGUUUAUCAGAAGUAGGAGAGCUAUUCAAGAGAUGUUCUUCUUUGCGGAAGCUUAUGAUUUGGUUUUGCUUCAAACUCAGGACUCUUUCGGGUGGUUUGGAGUAUCUCACUUCUUUGGAGUCUCUAUCAAUUAACGCAACCCCAAUUGAAAAGGAUGAUGAUGGUUUACCUUGGAGAUCCCUUGCUCGGAACCUCCAUUCUCUGGAAUUAAAUCAGAUAAUGUGCUGGGAAUUUCUACCUCAGGGGCUUCAUUACUUAACCAGUCUCCAACACCUUAAAAUUAUUAGUUGUGUGAGUUUGAAGACCAUACCAGAAUGGAUAGGCUGCCUAUCAUCUCUUCAAUCCCUGAUCCUAAAUGGUUGCAUUCUUGUCAACUCACUUCCCAGUGCAAUAAGGAUACUCAACUCUCUCCAGCGACUUGAAAUAAAGCGUUGUUCAAAGCUUCUACUCAAAAGAUGUCAAAAUCCCAAAGGGGAGGACUGGCCCAAAAUCCAACACAUUCCCUCCAUCUCCAUCAGUGAAUAAUUUAUGAAAGAAGCUGUGAAGCAUAACUCAACAAGCAAUGAAGAAAGCGACUGUAUUUGGACCAGUACCUCUGGCUCUGUUUACAGAAGCUGUGAAGCAUACUCAACAAGUAUGAAACCACCUAAUUUUCUGCAGCUCGGUUUUGGGAUAGUGUUUGGUUCACUGUCUUUCUGUUUAUGUUCACAGAGCUUAUUACAGAGUUCAAGUAUAAUGAAUAGAAAAUAGUGAAAUUAUCUGCCACCAUGGCUUUUUCAAACAAGCUAUAAAUGAAUCAGAAACAAAGGUGACAGAAUUCCAAAUCUUGCAACAGACAUUGAAUUGAUAUUGGUGCUGACAAAACUGUCCUUGCAACUUAACCCCCAUUCCUUUUUUGCACUUCCUAAGAGGAUGUGUUAACUCUCUUUGGCUUCUUCUGUUAUUCAGAUUGCCUAGCACAUUCCGUAGUCCUUAGGUAGCUAAUAAAGUUCAUUGAUCAGAUCAUUUGUUGCUGAGCUGGAGAAUGGAGCUGAUCAGCUCACACAUUUAAUGUAGAGAUGUUAUAUUGAAGGCUCAAAACAUUGAUCGGGUUGAUGAACUGUUGGGUAUUACGAUAAUGGUUAGCAUUACCAUAACGUUAUUCUGCUGAGAUAUGUCAUCUACUAGUAUAAAGUAUUUAGCCAGAUCUUUACUGUACUGAAUGUUUUUUCCUUGAAAAUUGUUGUUUGUGAAACCAUGUAGAGUAGAAAUUUAUAGCCAAAUGCACAUUUCGUGCUGUUGCUGCAAUUAUUGGACUAUUGUUCA